GGUUGAGGGGGAUUGGGGGAAAAAUCACGAGAGGAAGAAAAUCUACUCCGUUGCAGCGUGCAAAGAAAAAUGGAUACGUACUUGACUCAGGGGAGAAGAACCCAGAUAUAUUCUUACAUUGUACUGGCACUGACUCGAAGGACGGAGUGGUCCGUGUUCACAGGAAAAGUCUAAUUUUAUUUUGACAAUCAUCGGAAAAUCCCGUUAGGAAUGCACACUUCACUGCGAAGGGAAAUUCCCUGUUCUUCCAUGCUUUAUAAAACCGACCAGCGGAGCCCUGCCUCACAGCUUCAAAUUUGGCAUCCUUUGCAGCACAGAAUUAAAUCUCCUGUGACAUAAACGCUGAACCAUGGCCAGUUGGAGACUGCCUCUGACGGCGGCACUCGCUCUGAUGUUCCUGCUAACAGGAUAUGCCUUGGAUUUGGAGCUAACCCCACAAAGUGUGUGGUCCCGGAUUGGGGAGAAGGCAGUACUGAGCUGCCGCGCUAAGGACUGUCCGUCCCCUACAAUCAAAUGGACUGUCGGAUUCGAUCGUCCCAUAGGAGAAGUCAGCAAUCAAGGCUCGGUGUCCACUCUCACCAUCGACCCGGUCACCGUGCAGAACGAACAGCUGUACAGAUGUACCGCAAAAUGCGAGGGAAAAACAAAGUGGAAGGAUGUCACUCUGAAUGUUUAUUCUCUGCCGGAGGCGGUCACCCUGGAGACGGUAGGGAGUUUGCAAGUCGGCAGGAAAGGCGCCGUGAAAUGUGUCGUCCCCGAUGUCUACCCCGUUGAUUUGACAGUAGAGUGGGUGAAUGAAACGGGAGUAAUGAAUACUCAAAGAGUCAACGAAUACACCAGGGAAAAAAAGAAGGUGACCGUCACCUAUGAAUUGACCCCAGAAUUGCGGCAUUCCGGACAAAAUCUUGUAUGCCGAAUCCGUUUGCGAAAUGAGAAGCUUCAGGUCGAGGGAACGCUCACUCUGGAUAUUCAUUAUCCUCCCAGAAAGAUAAACAUUUCCGCAGAGCCCUCUCUCACCGUGAGGAGAGGUCAGAAUGCCUCGCUAACCUGUACCGCCGACGGCAAUCCUCCUGUCCGCAUCGUGUGGAGCAGGUCAUCAGCUGACGGCUGGUCAGUGAUAGCCGAGAAUCAAACUGCAUACCAGUUUUUACCGACCCGCAUCGAGAAUUCAGGAACUUACCGCUGUGAAGCCAAAAAUGAGCUGGGGAAAAUAGCUACGGAGGUGGAAUUUUGCGUUCAGGGCCGCCCCAGCGACACCAGACUCUCUGUCACACCUUCUGCGGUGAGGGAGGGAGACAAUGUCACAAUCAGCUGCACAACCCACUCAAACCCACCUGCCCAUCUUGUGCUGACGAGAAAUUCGACAAGUGGAUGGAUGGAGCUGAAGUCGGAGAAUGGAAUAUUCUCUAUUAGUGCUGUUCAGCCGGAUGAUGGAGGAUGGUAUCAAUGUGAGGCCAGCAAUGAUCUGGGAAGGCAGAUUAUUCACACAGAACUCAAUGUGCAAUAUCUUCGUAAAACACUAAGCAUUUCCGCAAAACCCUCACUCACUGUGAGGGAAGGUCAGAAUGCCUCGCUAACCUGUAGUGCCAACAGCAGUUCUCCUGUCACCAUCGUGUGGAGCAAGUUAUCAGCCGAGGGCUGGUCAGUGAUAGCCGAGGAUCAAGCUGCCCUUCAGCUUUCACAGGCCCGGAUCGAAAAUUCAGGAAUCUACCGCUGUGAAGCCAAAAAUGAGCUGGGGAAAAUAGCUACGGAGGAGGAAUUUCACGUUGAGGGCUGCCCCAGCGACACCAGACUCUCUGUCACACCUUCUGCGGUGAGGGAGGGAGACAAUGUCACAAUCAGCUGCACAACCCACUCAAACCCACCUGCCCAUCUUGUGCUGAGGAGAAAUUCAACAAGUGGAUGGAUGGAGCUGAAGUCGGAGAAUGGAAUAUUCUCUAUUAGUGCUGUUCAGCUGGAUGAUGGAGGAUGGUAUCAAUGUGAGGCCAGCAAUGAUCUGGGAAGGCAGAUUAUUCACACAGAACUCAAUAUCCAAGAACGAGAUGUGGUAGUCGAAGCUAAGAGUCCCGUAGGAGUCAUAGCACCAGCUUUCAUAGGGGCAGCAGUGGGAUCAGUUGGACUGGUGUUCUCUGGUCUAUAUUACGUCUAUCGCAGAAUCAAUUUAAAGAAUUCAUAUCAAAUGUCAAAUGACAUAUUGUGACAUUAAAAUAAAAGACUGAAAGAAGAGAACUUCCACUUCUAGCACAAUCUAAUCUCUGUUGCUGUGCUGUCAGGGCCAGUAUGUUUGGACACCAGAAGGUGAUAUUUGUGGCAUCAUAAACAUUUCUUAAAGGCAUCACCAACAGCUGGUAUCCAAGGAAGAGAAAGAAGAGCAUAUUUGAACUUUAGGCACUUUAUUGUAAAUAAUCCUCAGAAUUUACUGACUGUCUUGAAGGGAGUAUUAGCUGGGGUAUUCAUGUUGGAGGAAACGUAGCAGAAACAUCUGCUCUAAUGAAAUUGUCUUUGGUAUUGCUCACCCAUGGCUCCCAGGCAUAUUUCAAACUGUUACCACUCACCUGUGAAACAAGCCUAGUUUUCAGAUGCAACACACAAAAUGUUGGAGGCACUCAGCCAGCCAAACAUCAUCUAUGGAGGGAAAUGAAGAGUCGCUGUUUCGGGCUGAGAUCCUUCACUGGGACUUUUUUUUUCCUUCCAUGGAUGCUAGCUCACCAGCUGAGUUCCUCCAGCAUUUUGUGUGUUGCAUAAGAUUUCCACCUUCUGCCUUGGGUGACUUGGGAGCAAAACACUUUACACUGACUAUUCUACAGUUUAAGUUAUUUGAACUCAUGAAGAGUUUGUGAUUAUCUGUAUUUUUUUAAAACUGCUACUGCUUCCCCUCAAUACCUGUGAACUUCUGCUAUUAUUCCUAACACAUUGAACCAGGGACACUGUCUGUUAUGGACGAGAUCUGGGAACUGUGUACUGGGUUAGGUACAGGGUGCGAGGCACCAUUGGCUGCUUGCCAGAGUUUUCUGAAGCCGGAACUGGAGGUGUUAACUCCAGUUGGCUUAGUUUAAAAUGUACUUUUAAACUAAGCCAACAAGUGAGAUGCAGACCGAGUCCUGAUGCAGGAUUUUGACCAGAAAUGUUGACAAUUCCGUUCCCCCCACCACAUAGAUGCUGCUUGGCUCAUUGAGUUCGUCCAGCAGUCUUGUGUCUCCAAAUCAAACUCAAUUUACGUUGCACUCAACACAGGUUGAUUCGAUCAUUUUUUCGCAAGAUGUUAAAGCAGGCAAUAAUGUAAACUAAGCAACCUAAUAAAAAUAAAAUCCAAACUGUUUUGAAUUAAUACAUAAUUCAAAUUAAGUAACUUUUUUCCACAAUUAGAAUGCGUUAUGUUCACCUUCAUUGCUGUCAAAAUUUGAAAAUGUUUCAAGGAGGAAGCCAGGGUUUUCAUUGAUGGUUCCAAUGAGUUGAAACAAAAUGUCCGUGUUAAGUCUUCCCUGAUGUGGUUUGUUUAUCUCCAGUUACUAGAUCUCACUAUGUGUAAGUUCUCCACUGUUGUUGAAGCAAUUAUGUUGCAAGUUGAGGGAGUUUGUACUGUAAUGCAUUGGUGAAUAAUAAAACCG